CAUCGGUUCUCAUGUCGUCUGCGUCGGUGAAGAGAGACCAGUAAUCAGCAUUCAUGGCAGUGGGUGCACCAUGUCCACACCUCCACAUAAUAGACAAAUCAUACAGUGCUCGCAUCAUUGCUGAAAAGAAAGAGGGCACAUGCGAGUGGUGCGGCGCGGGCGGGACGAGCCUGUGGCUGUGCCUGUACUCAGGCUGCAUGCGCAUCGGGUGCGGGGAGGCCCAUGCCGACCACUCCUCCUGGCACAACAACCAGUUCCCGUCUCACUGUAUCACCCUUAACCUCACCAACCACCGCGCCUGGUGCUACAUGUGCGAGAUGGAGGUAACAGCAUCAGUGAAAGCCAGCCUCAGCAUCCCCCCAGGUCAGCAACAGCACUUGGGGGGUCCCAUCAGCGCCCCAGGGGUCAGUCUGGCACAGCCUAUCACGCCAGGAGAAUCAAGCGCAGAGGAAGAAGAAGAGGAAGAUGAGGAGGAUGGAGAGGAUGUGAAAGCUAGAGGACUUGUUGGGCUGCGGAACCUGGGUCUGACAUGCUACAUGAACGCAGCACUGCAAGCCCUAAGCAACUCCAUGCCCCUCGCACAUUUCAUGAUUGAGUGCCCAGCCUUCUUGAGAACAGACCGCAAGACACCUGGUCUUGCGCGACCUUUCCAGAGGCUAAUGCUAGAGAUGUGGCACAGGAAGAGACCCAGCUUUGUCACACCCUCGGUUCUGUACCAUGGCUUCAAGCAGCUCUACCCAAUGUUCCGAGGCUUCACACAACAAGAUUCUCAGGAGUUUCUACGCUACUUCAUGGACCAGCUUCACGAGGAGCUCCGCGAACCUGUGCAUUCCUCACAUGAAGACGAGGAGAGUGAAAUGGAAGCAGAUGACGAAGACCUCUCAUCUGCCAGUCUAUCAGAGCGAGAGGAGUCGCAGUCAGAGGCCGAGUACGAGACUUGUGACUCUGGGGUCUCGGAACAGUCAUCAGCCUCGUCUAGCCAACAUCGCAGCAAGAGAAAAAAAAGGCAACAUGGUGUAGAUGUUGAAGCAGGCAUGAGUCAUAGAAGCAGUAAUCGGAACCUGAUCCUACCCGACCACGACCCCAGCGAAUUCUCCGAUGCCGUGUCAGACACAACACUCUUGGAUACAGAAUCUGCGGGGGGACUGUCCUCCACCACCUCCCCACAGGUUCACUCCUCUGGCACCAGUGGUAUCGGCUCUAGUAAACCCUCCAUGGCAUCCCUUACAUCAUCUUAUAGAGCCUCAUCAACGUCACCCACCCCAGGCAAAGGUCAGGUCAACCCCUUAAGCAACCUCGGAAGGAGAAAAAAGCCCCCCCUCUACAGGAGCAUCAUCUCGGACGUAUUCGAUGGCACCAUCGUCAGCUCAGUACAGUGCCUGACGUGUAAUACCAUCUCAUCACGCAAAGAGACCUUCCAGGACCUCAGCCUUCCCAUCCCAAGCAGUGACCAGCUUAGCAUCCUUCAGCACUCGUCUGUCACACAGAUGCAGCACCAGGUCGGUGGGGGUGGCAACAACAGUAGCAGCCUCCAUCUCGCCAAAGCCUCCUGUGAUGCCACCACAGAUGGAUGGUUGUGGUGGAUGUGGGUUUGGCUGCGGUCAUGGCUAUGGGGUCCAGCUGUGUCGCUGCAUCACUGCCUGGCCGCCUUCUUCAGUGCAGAUGAGCUCAAGGGGGACAACAUGUACUCAUGUGAGAAGUGUGGCAAACUCCGCAAUGGUGUCAAAUACUCCAAGGUUGUGCACUUGCCUGAAGUGCUCAUUAUACACCUCAAGAGGUUCCGCCAUGAGUACAUGUUCAGUUCUAAAAUCAGCCAGUAUGUGUCAUUCCCUCUGCAUGGCUUGGAUCUCACACCUUUUCUACACAAAGAUUGCACAUCGGAGGUGGUUACCUAUGACCUCUAUGCUGUCAUCUGCCACCAUGGCACAGCGGGAGGGGGACACUAUACAUCCUACUGCCAGAACUGGAGCAAUGGUAGAUGGUAUGAGUUUGACGACCAGUAUGUCACUGAGGUCUCCCCUGAGACUGUGGCCAAGUGUGAGGCCUACUGUCUCUUCUAUAAGAAAGCCAGUAUUGAGAUGACAGCGCGUAGGCAGAGGACAGUCGAGCUGAUGCAGGUGGCAUCCAGAGAGCCAUCAUUAAUGCAGUUCUAUGUAUCAAAGCAGUGGGUCAACAAAUUCAACACUUUUGCCGAGCCAGGACCCAUUGACAAUUCCGAUUUUCUCUGUCCCCAUGGCGGAGUGCAGCCGCAGAAGGCCAGUUACGUAGAGGAUCUGGUGAUGCUGCUGUACCAAGGUGUAUGGGAAUACCUGCAUCAGGUGUUUGGGGGUGGUCCAGCCUGCACCCGCCUUUAUGAGUGUGUGACAUGUAGGGCAGAGCUGGAAGCACUGCUUCACCGUCAGAGCAGUGAACUGGAUAUGUUCAUCCGCCUGCACAAGAUGUUCCAGGACGAGGAGCACCCAAGCAUUGUAUAUGCCAUUUCCAUGCGCUGGUUCCGCCAGUGGGAGAGCUUUGUGCGAGGGCGUGAGCAGGAGCCACCAGGGCCUAUUGAUAACUCAUCCAUCUGUACCAGCAAGAUCGGCCAGCCCAUGCUCAAAGCAGGCUCUGAUUAUGCCCAGAUCUCUGAGGAGAUGUGGUACUUCUUCUAUGAGAUUUAUGGUGGUGGUCCUGAGUUGUUUGUGCGCUACGGCAGCCCCCCAGGAGCAGCCCGCCGGCAGGAGCGCCUCGAUGGAUCACGGCAGGAGGGAAUUAAGUCAGAGCAACUGCAGUCUAGUGCACGCUCUCUCAGUACUGAAAACCUCCCCUAUAAGAGCAACCCAGGCAUGGCACAGGUACAGAGCUUGGCCAACCGCCAGAGAACUGUCUCAGCAAGUGAGCAGUUGGUGCAGAUGGUACCGACGCACUCAACUAAGCCCUCGGGAACUGAUCAAGACAGCCAGACCCCCGAGGGACAGCCCUGCCUUGCCCAGCCAAUGGAGGAGGAUGAGGAGGAGGAGGAGGAGGAGACAGAGACAGUGGCACCAGACUCAAGUGCAGCUAUGCACAUACCUGCCACCACCAAGAAACCAGGAUGAAGUCAGUACAAACCCAGCAGCAGCUCAGUUCCUCCCCGAUGAGACCAAGGGCGAGACAAAGAAGGGCCAAGUGCAUGAGAAUAGCCAGGAUUAGAGAGGAUCAGAAAGUUCAUCCAAGCAAGAGAACUCCAGCUCUUGAUCAUUCCUUGUGUUGUGUAAUUCCAUGAAUUAUGAACAGAAAUCAAUGUACUGGAAUGUGUGUGUGUGUGUUUGUGUA